UGAAGGGGAAGGGGAGGGCUAUGGAGUUUUUCUAAGCCUCUCUCCGUCUCUCUCGCUCAUGCUUUGUUUAUGUUUCUAUUCUGUUCGCAUUCUCUCGUUGUCGUUCCAUUCUGCAGGUCCAUCAUCUUCGUAUGUUUGAAAAUGGCAUUGAUCUAAACUAGGUAGACGACGAGGAACGUAGGGUUUUCUUCACCCCGGUGCUCCGAAUGCUUUGGUGACACAAUCUUCGAAUUGGACGUUUUGAGACCAGGCUUUUGUGUGGAUUGUGUGCCACCAACCAACCAGGCAGUAUGUGGAGCCUGUAGGCGAGGUGAUCGGUUGUGGAGGAGUUGUGGAAGAGAUGCAGUGCGGGGGCCGUGGAUGGAUCUAUGAGAAAGGGGUGGAGUCCAUGGCGCGGUGGACGACGAGCAGCUGUUGGUGAAUCUGGAAGAGACGCAGGACAGAGUAGGGGAGCGUGACUGUGGUGGAAGUGUGAUUAUAUGAGAGCUCUGGUGAGUGUGUGUGUGUGUGAGAGAGAGAGAGAGAGAGAGAGAGAGAAGGCUGAUUUGUUGCCCUGUUGUGGCAAUUAUGGUGUGCAUCGAGCGAUUUGGGUGUCAUCGAUGGAGUUGAUGGUGGGGAUGUUGGCGUGGGCAUUAGGCCAGGUUGGAAAUUCACGGGUUUGGAGCCUCUGGAUUCUUCUGGUUCUUGAAUUUUUGGUUUGCUGACGUGCGGUGAGACGGGCGGGCGAAGGAUUGGAUUGCAUGGUUUGAUAAUUUUGUGUUCUCUGGUGUUGGAGAGGCAUCAUAUCCUUUCUGCUGCAGGAGUUUAUGAUGGUGUGUUUCUUGAUCUUAGGCUCCGGGAUUUGGUUUUUGUUCAAGCUUUGUGUUGUCUAGUUUGAGUUGUUGGACUCCUCUUACAGUGUUCUAGGUAUCGCGUUAGUCGCUUGUCCAUGAUCUAAGAUUUUCUGUAGCUUUGACUAUGAGCCUUGAUCUGUUGUUUGAGAUUCUCGAGAAGAGUUACUCUUCGGUUUUUUGAAAUUGUGUCCGCCCACUUUUCUCUUGUGCUGUUGUGGGACGGGUCGUUCCAGGGGUGGACGUAGCGGUGAGUGAGUAAUCGAUCGUGAUGGUUGGAUUAGCCUUGUCGACUCUACCUCUAGCAUAGUUUGGAAUCGAGUUGAGACUACUCCAGUGGGUUGUGAUUUGCAUUGAAAGUGGAUUUAUCUUUUAAAUUUUAAAUUUGCUGUAGAGCUCUCUCUUGUUUUCCUUGCCACGAUGGGACUCUUCUGAUGCUUAGGUUUGUUAUUUUCUCAUCGUUUUUCGAGUCUGUCGCAGUAAAAUCAAUCAGACUCAGUAUAUAUCCCGGCUAAAAAGGUUUGUCUCCACUGCUGAUUUUCUCCUUCUCAUUACGCACAUGUAAGUAAACAGGAAUAUUUGAGUUGGUGGGUCCAGUUUUUUUUGUGAAACGAUUAUAUUGCCCUGUUUUUGUCUCAUGAUUGGAGAACACGAAUGAUUUGAGGUAAUUCAUAUUGUGAAUCUAAGCGUCCUGUCGCUGAUAGUUGGACUUCUCUAAUCUGAUGCAAGUGGAUGAAAUCCAGGACGAUUGGUUCUUUAUCGGGUGGAGGCAGCGGUGAAGCGUUCCUAAUUUUACAGCAGUAUUGGGACGUGACUCCUCAGUGACUUCGAAAAGGUGACUGGUAAAAGUUGGUGGUGUGGAAGGUAUGUCUGUGAUGUCUUUGGAGGAGCUGGUGGAGCUCAAGUUCCGUUUGCAUGACGGAACAGACAUAGGUCCUAACAGAUAUGCUCCAACGACUACUGUGGCCAACAUGAAGGAGAGUAUCCUCAAUCAGUGGCCAAAAGAGAAACAAAAUGGCCCGAAGUCGAUUAACGACCUUAAAUUGAUAAAUGCUGGUAAAAUUUUGGAGAAUACCAAAACUCUCGCUGAUUCCAGAGUACUAUUGGGGGAGAUUCCGGGAUGUGUGAUUACCAUGCAUGUUGUUGUACGACCACCCUCGAACGAUAAAGCUAGUGAAAAACAGCAGUCCGAAACCCCGAAUAGCGAAAAUUGCUGCUGCACUAUACUUUAGCUUCCUGAAAGCUCACCGCAUGUGUUGGAAGAAAAAUUUGAACGAAAGCUUGAGGUUGUAGGUAGAAAUUCGAAAGAACCUGGGUGAUGAGGCACUGCUAUUUGCUGCCCCCAAGUUCAAAUCUAAGACUUGUUGGCUGAGCACAAAGUCACUCUGGUGCUGGGGGUGUUUCUGUCCUUCACCAAGCAUCACUAAGAUCCUGCAGACGUUUCUCUUGUACGGGUGAUACAUAGGUCAGUGCGAAUGCAGCAGUAACUAGCUGUGAGAAUUCUUUCGAUUUCAAUAUUUUUUGUGAACGUUCCUUGGGAGUGGAACUGAAGCCAUAUGGUAAGGGCCAAAGAGGUAGGACAGGCGAGGAUUGUGGUGCGCCUCUGUCCUGGAAUAUCAUCUAACCAGUUCGAUAGUGCACACUGAAGCGCCAUGUAGAGGAAAUGUGCACCUGUAUUCAACAAUAUGGUGCACAUUUGGUUAUGCAUGGUCUCCCAGUUUUUGAUCCUCCCCAGACUUUUAGCCUGUUUGUGCUUGGCUGAGACGUCUUGCACAAUGCUACCACUGCGGACCUAUCUACUCCGUCUCUGUAUCCAAAAUGCCACUUCUGCUCCCGCUUAUCUACAAUUACAGACGGUUUGAACAAAGGUAGGUACCAUAUCCAACUUCGCGUCUACUUUUACGUCAGGUUCGUGCAUGGCAAGGAGUCCUACACAGAUGUGAUGAUAAGCCCAUCUUACGUUCGACAUUCACCUGGCAGAUACUUGACAAUGCUUUGAGGAUCAUCCCCACAGAGCUGUGUUUAAUGAUAGAAAUCUAGUACCUAUGGAGAUCAGUUAGGUUAGUAAUGGUGCCACAAGUUGUAUUGCUGUCUUUACUUGUGUGCCUUUUUGUGUGAUAUUUAUUUUGGAGUUUCAGUUAAGAAAUAUUGAUGAUUUGAUUCUUGUCCUUUUC